AUGACCAUCAACGAAGCACCCCCUCAACCAGACCACGAGGAGAAUGCUUUACAAGGCGAAGCCCUCCAGCGACCAGAUCCAGACGUCGCCCUUGCCACAUCCCACCCUCCUCCUAUCGCAGAUUCGGCCUCGACGCUCGGCGCAAAACAAGCCAAUACCACCUUAAUCCUCUCGAAUAAGACACUUGCCGCCCAAACUAAAGUAGCGAUUCCUCGUCAACGGGCUGCAAUCGCCCAGCGCUAUAAUCGUCGAGUACCCCGCGCAUGUGAAUCUUGUCGAGCCCGCAAGACAAAAUGCAGUGGCGAUACUCCAGUCUGUCGCCAGUGUCAGAAAGCGCAAGAAUAUGAGAAUCUGUUGAAGGAGCUAGGGAAUACUGUCGAGUCUCGUGCUGCCGACCGGAUCAAAAACUUGCUGGACAAGCAUGGCCCGGAAGUGGAAUCUUCAUCCAACCAAUCUAACUCGGCAACGCCUCAAGAUGAAGUCCAAGACAAUGAUGAACCAUCCUCACCUUCAUCUAUAGGCUCCCUGGAGGCAAUUGAUCGAGUUGAGGAGGAUCUUAACCGAUCUGAACAUACCAGAGCAACCGGUUACAUGGGCAAGAACUCAGAAGUUACUUGGAUGCAGCGACUGCAGAGAGAAGCAGAUCAACGUGCUCAAGGACUCCCGGGCAGCUUGGAGCCUGGUCAGGACCGGAAAAUUGACGAUGCACUAUCUCUCCACGCGGUCAACUAUCACCUCGAUGACUUGGACAUUUCCGUGCCUGGACCGGUACAACUAUAUGCCAUGCCUCCACGGCAGAUGGCAGAUCAUAUGUUCGAUGCUUAUUUAACUACCGUACACCCAUUUUACCCAAUCAUCAACAGACCUCUUUUCGCUGCGCAAUAUCAAACAUUCUUCGAUAGCGCCGCGCGACCUGGUGACAAAUGGCUUGCUAUCCUGAACAUGAUCUUCGCUAUCGGUGCUAAACAUGGUCAUCUCGUUGACGCACCAUGGCGCGGGGAUGUGAAUGAUCAUUUGGUAUAUUUGACCAGAGCCAGAAUCCUCAGUAUGAACGGUGACGUUCUGUUCAGCCAUCCUGAUCUCCAACAAGUACAAGUAGAAGGCUUAAUUGCCUUCUACCUUCUCGCGUCUGAUCAGAUCAAUCGGGCUUGGAGAAUUUCGGCGUUGGCAGUGCGUUCUGCGAUCACACUUGGCAUUAACAUGAAGAGCAGUGCUCCAACUACACCUGAUCUUUCAAAAGAAGCUCGAUACAGAGUAUGGUGGUGCUUGUAUACAUUUGAGCACAUGCUCGGAAUAAUGACUGGCCGCGCAACUUGUAUCCAAGAUGGCGUGUGCACUUCGCCCUUCCCGAUUCCGUUUGAAGAAGAUCAGCUGCAGGAGCCUGGUGCUCUCGAAGUACUUGCAGACUCGACUUUGCGAGACGAGCGAAUCAACAAUGUGUUGGCAAGUUCUUGUAUCAGACAAAUGCCGCUUAACCCGGUCAAUGGUAAAGAGGCUAGUAAUCAUACUCACACACGAGACACUUCAUGGAUCAAGAACUUGCCUAUCAACUACGGGCUCUGCUAUCUCUACUACUGCGACUUGGCAGUCGUCGUGCAAGAAAUUGUCAACAAAGUCUACUCGGUGGACUGCGUGAUCGUACCUUGGGCACACAUCGAGAAUCGCAUAGGAGAACUCAAGUCUCGCACCGAGAUGUGGCAAUCCAGCCUUCCGCCCGGCCUUGACUUCAGACGCAAAGAUGACGCUGGGCCAGAUGUCCUCCGGUGUAAGCUGACAUUGGCAUUACAUUACUACAGUGCGAGGAUCACACUAGGUCGUCCCUGUCUCUGCCGGCGUGAUGCACGCCAAAAAGGCCCGAAUCCAUCUUUCAGCCAUGACAUGGCCGUGAUCACAUUGGACUCUGCCUGUCACAUGCUCGAUCUCAUUCCCGAUGAGCCGAACGCCAUCCAGCUAUAUCAAAUCGCCCCAUGGUGGUGUGUCCUUCACUAUCUCAUGCAAGCUGUAACCGUCAUGCUCCUGGAGCUGUCUUUUGGUACUGUCCAUAAGCCAGAAGAAGAAGAGAGAUUCAUCAACCUAUCUAAAAAAGCCAUUCGCUGGCUUUAUGCAAUGUCCGAACAGAGCAUCGCCUCACGACGCGCCUGGCAGCUCUGUGACCUGAGCCUGCGCAAACUGGCCCAGGGUAUGAAAUAUGACAUCAGCGACAUGCCUACUUACCCCUACAACCCGGAGCCCACUACCACUAUUGGGUCAGGGCCUGCGCAGGACGGUCCACUGCCUCAUCCUGUUGGCGAUUAUUGGGGCCCGCAAUUGGGGCACAUUCCAAUGUCAGCUCCGGGGCCGACACCUGGUGAAGACCAUUACGCCUACCCCAGCAUGUCUACCUCCGACUUGAUGUCUUCAUUGACUGCUGAGGCCCAAGACUCGUACUUCCCUUAUGAUCCUAUCAGUGGGGAGUUCAUGCGGUCUUUCUUCCCCAAUAACAACGAGAAUGACAACUGGGAUCAGUGA